AUGCAACUGCUGCUCGUACGACACGCUGAAUCUGUCGACAAUGCAAAGAAGCUAUGGGCCGGAGUGACAGAUUCAGGUCUUACGAACCACGGCAUGGCACAGGUCCAGCGCCUGGCCGAGCAUAUCGCGUCGGAUGAAGUAUGCAAAGCAUCGAAAAUCACUCACGUCUUCUCAUCAGACCUUCAGCGAGCGAGAAUUACCGCUGAAGGCAUAUGUGCGGCAUUGUCCUCAAAUGUUGGUGAAAAAGUCUUGAAGCCAACCUUGGCUGCAAACCUGAGAGAGCGGGACUUUGGAAGCUUGGAGGGAGUGCGCUCAAUGAAAGACCAUGAUUUAACCCAACCAGAACUAAAAAAUUGCGAGGAUCCAUCCCAGACGUGGAAGGACUGUGAAUCUGAUACAUCAAUGAGAGCUCGAGUUGAGGACUUCUUCAACGAACACCUUCGGACCAUCCUUGGUUUGGAAUCUGAUGACUAUGACGACGACCAAGUCGUGAUCAUUGUUGCUCAUGGUCUCAUACUUCGGGCUCUCUGGUACUAUCUCUUUGGUCUUUUUCUUCCGGAGAAUGUUGCCUUUGAUAUCCAUGACUAUACCGCCUGGCCCGAGGAUACCUUUAGGCCCUCAUGGUCCAACACUGGCUUUUUGAAUCUUCGCAUCGUCCCAUCAGGAUCAGAACUGGAAGGACUCCCCCAAAUUGUAUUGCGAGAUUGGCGCAUGAAAGUCCAAGCCUCCAAUUACACCGAUCAUCUGAAUGGUCUUCGACGUACCCGAGGUGGUAUUGGAAGUGCUGCGCAUGAUAAAAAGCAAAAACAUAUCAAGGAUUUUUUUCGAUGA